AUGAAACGUCAAAAUGUUCGGACCCUGUCUUUGAUCGUCUGCACUUUAACAUAUCUGCUGGUCGGCGCGGCCGUCUUCGAUGCCCUCGAAAGUGAACACGAACUCAAACUGGUAAGUACAAUGGAUAACAUCGUAAAGUAUUUGGGGCUUCCGACAGGACAGAGGAUCUUUUUUUUGGCUAACUCAGUACAUAAAAAAUAAACUAUAAUGCGAAAAAUACUCUAAUAAAAACAAAUGGAUAUCAAACUAAUUUGAUUUAUUUAGAGAAGUCAAGUGGAAAGGACGAGAGAACGUCUGAUUCACAAGUAUAACAUCAGCAAGGCCGACUAUGAUAUCCUGGAAUCCAUCAUCAUCAAAUCUAUACCUCACAAAGCGGGACAUCAAUGGAAGUUCAGCGGUGCCUUCUACUUUGCGAUGACUGUGAUAACUACUAUCGGUUAGUUCUUCACGCUUUAUCAGUCUUCUCUUCUUAAGGCUAUGGACAUUCGACCCCGAUGACAGUUGGAGGGAAAACUUUCUGCAUGUUAUAUGCAUUGGCCGGGAUCCCUUUAGGACUUGUCAUGUUCCAAGCAAUCGGUGAACGGCUGAACACAUUCGUGGCUUCAGUUCUCAAGGAGAUGAAGAAGUGCUUUGGAAGGGAACAAAAGGUGACCCACAUUGACCUCAUCUUGAUCUGCACGACUUUGUCCUUAAUGAUCAUCUUCGCAGGGGCCUGGGUCUUUCAUAAAUACGAGAACUGGUCGUACUUCGACAGUAUUUACUAUUGUUUUACUAGUCUGGUUACUGUUGGUAUGUGGGUUUAUUGAAUUCUCAAAGUAUUCAUUAAUGAUGACUGUUCUAAAACUUUUUAUUUUAGGAUUUGGAGACUUUGUCGCCCUCCAAAAGCACGGUGCUCUCCAGAAUCAGCCAGAAUACGUUUUAUUUUCUCUGGUUUUUAUCGUGUCCGGGUUGACGGUCAUCUCUGCCGCCAUGAAUCUUCUAGUUCUUCGGUUUUUGACUUUGAAUACAGAAGAUGAAAAGAGAGAUCAAAGGGAGCAGAAGCUGGCCGAAAGGGGAUUUGUGAGUUCAGCUUCUACAAAUCCGAUUACUGGGUUUACUUUGUUAGCAAAAAUGAUUCGAUUACUUUAGGUAAGCAUCCGAAGCCUAGAUGGGCGGCGGAAAUACUCAGGAAGUUUAUCCAAUUCAUCGGAUGAGAGUUUGAAUUCAAGCCCGAGAAGAAGGAGGCUGGCCCUGCCCAAGACGGCCGAUGCUGAUACCAUAUCUGUUUGCUCUUGUUCUUGCUAUCAAGUCCCUUACAAUAAGGAGCCCACCAAAAGAAGCGGAGAUAAACGGUAAGUAACAAGCAAGUACUUGGCCUUGCUUAUUUUGCGCCGCUAAAGAAUUCUUUUUAUGCUAUCAGUUUCAGUCUAUCAUCUAGAAAACGUCGCUCCUCCAAGAAGAAGAUCCUCAGCUCUGAGGGCAUGGACGAGUCUCCCCUUGCCCGAUCCAGCUCUCAAUUCCGACGGCGUCCUUCGAAGACUGAGCCAUCGAAUCCGGUUACUUUCUCAUGA